AUGAAUAGGAUUCGACUUGGUAUUUUAUUUAUAUUCAGUCUUGCUUCCAUCACUUUGGCCCAGACAUCUCAAUAAUGUAAGGAAUGUGCUGCUGAUCCAUGCGGAUGCUCACUCUUUAAAUGCUCUAAGAAAUAGCAAUUUCCGGUUGAUGCCCAGGAUUUGACCAAAGGAUUUAGUGGAUGCUAAGAAACUAAUGGGAAACUUUAUGAUGGUGAUAUAAUCUAACAAUUAUAAGGUUCUUGCUAUUGCCCAUAUAUGCUUAUUGAUGAAAAUUGUUAACCAAUUGGAUAAAGUGGAAUAAUUCUUGGAUCUGGCUUUGACAUUACUGGUGAUAACUCAGAAAAUCUUAAGAAAUUGGAUGCAAAACUAUUGGAAAAAUUGAGUCCAUAUUUUGUCAAGUAUGAAAACCCCCUUUAAUUCCUAAUGAACAAUCGUUUAGAGCUCUCUUAACAAGAAAUCCAGUCCUUUGAUUAAGUUAAGUUGGAUAAUGAAAUUCAAAAUCUGGAGAAAUAUUAUAAUGCUAACUUAUUCAAUAACAACAAACUUGGUAAACUAAGCAAAGACAAGCCUAAAUUCGCACAAUUGACUAGAGGAGUGAGAACUGUGAUCUUCUCGUAAAAUAGAUAAUACGGAAAACCCGACAACGUAAACUUUAACGAGAUGUGGAAUUUGGCACUUAGAACUGACUUUCAAAAUAUGCUUGAUUCAUUGAACAAGGAAGGUCAAUAAAAGGUUAGAAGUCUACAGGAAUAUCAAAUUUUAAAAUAUUGCAUGGAGAAAUGUUCUCAAUCUAAAAAAGUCAACAUUUUAUUUGUAAUGGAUGGAUCUGGAAGUAUUAAUGAAUAAAACUUCAAAAUCUAAACUGACUUUGUUCGGAUAUUAGUUCAAGAUACUAAGUUGGGAGAUGAUUCAUACUAAAUUGGAUUGCUGGCAUUCGCAACUAAAAAUGAUCUUCUUAGUGAUUUUAGCUCAGAUCAAGCAGCUUUAAUAAAAGCAUUAAAUGAAUUCGAGUAUCCAGAUGGAGAUACUUUUACUAACACAGCACUUAUUGAGGCAAAGAGAUUAUUCUAAGUGCAGUCUGCCAAACGACCAGACUCAAUGAACUUAAUGUUUAUUAUUACAGAUGGAGAACCUACUAAAGGUGAUGAAGUGGUAGACUCAACCAUUUAAGCCCUCAAUGAUCUGAAGGUUUAAAGAUAUGCAAUAGGGAUAACAAAAUAUAUCAAAUACAAUACAUUAAUGUAUCUCUCUGGAGAUAACAAGCAGGAUAGUUCGAGAGUGUAUUAUGUCACAGAUUUUAGCAAGCUAUAAUACAUAAUAAACUCAAUCAACGUUGCUGCUUGCUCUACACCUUAGGAAAUAAAACCUUCCCAACAACAAUUUGAGACAACUCUAGAUGGAUAAGGAUCUCAAUACCUAAAAUUGCAGCAAAAAUACGUAUCCUUAAACAUUGAUGUAUAAGAUUCUGCCAAACUUCAAUCUCUUUUCUCAUAAAAUUCUUUGAUACUCUUAGCUAAUGAAGAUUAAAAUGUCAAUAUCCUUGAUGAUGUAGUGGUUUAUUAUUCAUACACCUAUGAUUUGCCAAAUUAAUAUAUUAAUGAUGGUUCUGGAUAGCAAAAAGAUGGAAAGAUCUAACUAAUUAUCAACAAUAGCAAGACUAGUAUAAGUAAUAUUUUCACAAUUUACAAAAUUAUUAAUAGCAUAUGUAUCAUUGAUGAAAAAGAAUACUGGAAAGAUAAAUCUCUCUGUUAAGCAAGAGAGUUUGUAAGUAGAGCAAUGUGA